AGCAGGGAUGGACCUGGUGGCUGGGACCCAGCGGGCAGAUGGAGAUGGCUCUGCCCAGCCUGGGGCCACGGGUGCCUAGGCAGUGCCUGGGGUGACCAGCGCCCACCCCUCCAUCCAUCCAUCCAUCCAUCCCUCCUCCAUCCCUCCCUGCAUCCCUCCAUCCAUCCCCCGCCUGCAGGGGAUGGGGAAGCCGACGCCUGCUGGGGACUGCAGUGGGUAGCACAUCCCAGGCGCCAGGGCUGGGCUGGGCGGCUGCAGUAACCUGGCAGCUUCUGGCUCCCGUGGGCACGUGAAGCCGGGACUUGGGUGGCUUUGUCUGCCGGGGAGAAGGGGAGGGCGCCACGGAUGCCCCAGCCUCUGGGAGUCCAGGCAGCAGGAGCUGCAGAGCCGGGGACCCCGUGAGGGAGGGACAGGACCCGGCGUGGAGCCCCCCGUCAAGCCCGGCGCCAUGGCUGAGAAGGGCCUGGACCCCGCAUGCGUCUCCAUCGCCCUGGAGGAUGCGGUGUGCCACACCGGCGCCCAGGAUGCCCCGCUCCUCACCACCCACCUGAAGAAGGUGGAGAACCACAUCACAGAGGCCCAGCGCUUCUCGCACCUGCCCAAACGCUCGGCCGUGGACAUUGAGUUCAUCGACCUGUCCUACUCCGUCCGCGAGGGCUCCUGGUGGAAGAAGAGAGGAUACAAGACACUGCUGAAAUGCCUGUGUGGGAAGUUUUGCAGGCGUGAGCUCAUCGGGAUCAUGGGCCCCUCGGGCGCCGGGAAGUCCACGCUCAUGAAUAUCCUGGCCGGGUACAGGGAGACGGGGAUGAAGGGGCAGAUCCUGGUGAAUGGGCGACCACGGGACCUGCGCACCUUCCGCAAGAUGUCCUGCUACAUCAUGCAGGACGACAUGCUGCUGCCCCACCUCACCGUGCUGGAGGCCAUGAUGGUCUCCGCUAACCUGAAGCUGAGCGAGAAGCAAGAGGUGAAGAAGGAGCUGGUGAACGAGAUCCUGACCGCGCUGGGGCUGCUGGAGUGCUCCUACACCCGCACCAUGUCGCUGUCCGGGGGCCAGUGCAAGCGCCUCGCCAUUGCCCUCGAGCUCGUCAACAACCCCCCGGUCAUGUUCUUCGACGAGCCCACCAGCGGCCUGGACAGCGCCUCCUGCUUCCAGGUGGUCUCCCUCAUGCGGUCCCUGGCCCAGGGCGGCCGCACCAUCAUCUGCACCAUCCACCAGCCCAGCGCCAAGCUCUUUGAGAUGUUCGACAAGCUCUACAUCCUGAGCCAGGGCCAGUGCAUCUUCAAGGGGGUGGUGACCAACCUCAUCCCAUACCUGAAGGGGCUGGGCCUGUACUGUCCCACCUACCACAACCCUGCUGACUUCAUUAUUGAGGUGGCCUCGGGCGAGUACGGAGACCUCAACCCCGUCCUGUUCCGCGCCGUCCAGAACGGGAUGUGCACCAUGGUCGAGAAGAAGAGCAGCCCCGACAAGAAUGAUCCCUCGUGCCCGGCCCACUGCCUGACGGACGCGGAUCACAUCGAGAGCCACACAUUCGCCACCAGCACCACGACCCAGUUCUGCAUCCUCUUCAAGCGAACCUUCAUGUGCAUCCUGAGAGACACGGUCCUGACGCACCUGCGCUUCAUGUCGCACGUCUGCAUCGGGGUGCUCAUCGGGCUGCUCUACCUGCACAUCGGCAACGAUGCCAGCAAGGUCUUCAACAACACCGGCUUCCUCUUCUUCUCCAUGCUCUUCCUCAUGUUUGCUGCGUUGAUGCCCACCGUCCUCACCUUCCCCCUGGAGAUGUCCGUGUUCCUGAGAGAGCACCUCAACUACUGGUAUAGCCUGAAGGCCUAUUACCUGGCCAAGACCAUGGCAGAUGUGCCCUUCCAGGUGAUUUGCCCCAUCGCCUACUGCAGCAUCGUGUACUGGAUGACGGGCCAGCCCCCCGAGGCCACGCGCUUCCUCCUCUUCUCUGCCCUGGCCACCUCCACUGCCCUGGUGGCCCAGUCCCUGGGGCUCCUCAUCGGAGCUGCCUCCACCUCCUUGCAGGUGGCCACAUUCGUGGGGCCGGUCACUGCCAUCCCCGUCCUGCUCUUCUCAGGCUUCUUCGUCAGCUUCAAGACCAUCCCCACGUACCUGCAGUGGAGCUCCUACGUCUCCUACGUCAGGUAUGGCUUUGAGGGCGUCAUCCUCACCAUUUAUGCCAUGGGGCGUGAGGAUCUGGAGUGCCAGGAGGAUUUCUGCCCCUUCAAGGAACCUGCCCGCAUCCUGCAGGAGCUGGACGUCGAGGAGGCCAAGCUCUACCUGGACUUCAUUGUCCUGGGCAUCUUCUUCCUCGUCCUGCGGCUCCUGGCGUACUUGGUGCUCCGCUACAAGGUGAAGUCAGAGAGAUAAAGGGUCCCUGGGCCGGACGCCUUCCCCAGACCGGAGCCGCCGCGGCACGGACAAUCCCGCCGGACACGGUCCCUGCGGUUGGGCUGGUGCCGCCCGGCCCGGCACAGUCGAGAAGGAUUUUGCGACGUCUCGGAACUGUUUUAACCUUUCCACGCGCCUCAUCGCUGAAGUUUUGUACAGAUCUGGAAUGCGACAUGCCCCUUCCCUGCCCCCCGGCCCAUGGACUUGGGGUCCCUUCCUCACGCCGGCCCUCUCUCUCCACCCACCACCGUAGGACCCUAGGACUGGACCCACAGGAGGCAGCUAUGUUCAAAGCCUGAUGAGAUGCAAGAGAACAGGUCCCCAAAGCUUUGCUGCUGGAGGGAGGGGGUUGUGCAUCCGUGAACCCCCCUGGAGGGGGCCGUGGUGGCCAGGCUGCCCCCCACGAAGCACAGUUUUGUAGUGCAGUGUGUCGUGCCGUCGUUGACCUGCCUGCUUGUCGCCGUCCAGCCGCAUGUGUGCCCGUGUGCCGAAGAAGACGGACAACCCUGCAGACUCCGUUGCCCGAGGCUUUUGUGAUUGUCGUUAGCAUAGCACCGAGACGCGCCCCCCCCCCAACCGUCUGUUUGGUUUUGUAAAAGCCCCUUUUUUCUUAAGAAAAACCUGAAACCAAAUGAAACCCCAGCAGCCCGUCAUAUGGGGGCUAGGCAGAAGAAGGCUUGGGGGUCCCUUCCCUUGGCCGGCCUGGAAACGGGCAGUGGGAAGGAUGCUCUUGGGUCAGGACUCCCAGCUGCGGCAUGGGCAGGAUCUGACGGGAGCAGAACCAUUUCAGGGCUACGAUUUGGGCAGGGGUCGGGGGUGAGGGGUUGUCUCCCCCCUGCUCCCUGCUGGGGCUGCACGUCCCCCCUGGGCUGCGACUGGAGAGAGCGGAGCUGAGCGGCACCGAGGCGGAACGGACUGGCUGCCCCCUGCAAAAGGAAGCACGUCGCAAUGAACUGUGCAGGGAUCGGGCGCCGCUUGCUAGUGCCAGGGGACUGCCAAGGGGCUGCAUCAAUGCUGCUUCACACCAGCGCGAGAUGAGAAUCAGCCCUCACCCGUGAGAAGAGCGUCUGGGCCGGAUUCCCCCCGGCUCCAGCACUUCACAUCCCUGCUUGCUCCUGCCCCCCCCCGGCCAGCCCCCAGCUGGGACACGCAGGUGUGGUCCCAUCCCCACCAGGGCCAUGAUGCUGAAUCAGCUGGUCAGGAGCAGGUCCUGGUGCUUCGGACCCAGACUGGAGCUGCUGCUGCAGAAACCUUGGAGCAGGGGGAGCUCAGGGGGCAAGAGAAACGAUUGCCUCGGUGGAGAUUGCCCGGUG